GCUCGCUGUCUCUGAGGAUCGAGAGCAUGAAAGAGAGAGAGAUCGUGUUCGUAGAAGUUUCUCCAAACCCUUUUGUUGCUCUGAUUUCGGUUCCAUUUCCUGUAUCGAUCGUUAUGACAUCAGCAUGUGAUUCCUCUCCUUCUCCCACUCGGUUAGCUUUUUAGGGUUUUUAUUUUUAUUUUUAUUUUUUAGGGCUUUGCUCAUUUCGUGAGCAGGGAGGAACUGCAGUCUUUGUUUGGAGUGGAAUUAAGGUUUUUUUUGUGUCCAUUUACAUGGAGCUCGCGCAGUACAAUGAGCCUCUUAGCAAUAAGGAGGCCGACCCGGCGUUGGGCUUCCUCACUAGGAAGGAGACGGAGGUGAAGUUGCCUCGCCCCACCCGGGUGAAGAAUAAAACCCCCGCGCCCGUCCAAAUUACCGCGGAGCAGAUUCUGCGUGAGGCCAGAGAGAGACAGGAAGCUGAAAUCCGACCCCCGAAGCAGAAGAUCAUCGACGCGGAAGAGCUCGCGGAGCACCGAUUGCGGAAACGGAAAGAAUACGAAGACCUGAUUCGGAGAGUGAGAUGGAACACCAGCGUUUGGGUGAAGUAUGCGCAGUGGGAGGAGAUUCAGAAAGACUUUCCUCGCGCAAGGUCAAUCUGGGAGCGCGCCUUAGAGGUAGAUUAUACCAAUGCUACACUAUGGCUCAAGUACACGGAGAUGGAAAUGAAAAACAAAUUCGUCAAUCAUGCCAGAAAUGUGUGGGACCGGGCGGUGUCUUUACUUCCUCGAAUCGAACAGCUUUGGUACAAGUAUAUUCACAUGGAGGAGAUGUUAGGAAAUAUAGCUGGAGCUCGGCAAGUAUUUGAGAGGUGGAUGACCUGGGAGCCCGAUCAUCAUGGCUGGGCUGCCUACAUUAAGUUUGAGUUGAGAUAUAAUGAAACCGACAGGGCGAGGUCGAUUUACGACAGGUAUGUGGAAUGCCACCCUGGUGAUAAAGCGUGGAUUCGGUAUGCAAAAUUUGAGGUGAAGAAUGGAGAGAUUGCUAGAGGAAGACAGUGCUACGAACGUUCCAUGGAGCAGUUGGGUGAAGAUGGGCAGACUGAGGAACUUUUUGUUGCUUUUGCUCAGUUCGAAGAGAGAUGCAAAGAGCUGAAUCGGGCAAGAGUUAUUUACAAGUAUGCCUUAGAUCAUACUCCGAAAGGCAAGGCUGACACUGUUUAUCAGAAGUUUGUCCAAUUCGAGAAGCAAUAUGGUGAUAGGGAGGGUAUUGAGAAUGUUAUUGUGGGAAAAAGGCGUUUUCAAUAUGAAGAUGAGGUGAAGAAGAAUCCUUUGAACUAUGUUUCGUGGUUCGACUAUGUUCGUUUGGAGGAAAGUGUCGGGGACAAGGAAAAGGUUCGAGAGGUCUACGAGAGAUCGAUCUCCAAUCUGCCUCCUGCACAGGAAAAGCGAUACUGGCAACGUUACAUUUAUUUAUGGAUUAACUAUGCCCUUUACGAGGAACUGGAGGCUGAAGACUACGGCAGGACUAGAGAUGUCUUCAAGGCAUGCUUGAGUAUUGUUCCGCACGCAAAGUUUACCUUUGCCAAAAUAUGGAUCAUGGCAGCUCAAUUUGAGAUUCGGCAGAAAGAUCUUAAAGCUGCACGAAAUAUUCUCGGUAAUGCUAUUGGGAGAGCUCCGAAAGACAAGAUUUUUAAGACGUAUAUUGAGAUCGAACUGCAGCUCGGCAACAUAAACCGUUGUCGAACUCUGUAUGAGAAAUAUCUGGAGUGGUCACCUGCUAGUUGCUAUGCAUGGAGUAAAUAUGCUGAAUUGGAGAGGUCCUUAGGAGAGACUGAAAGAGGGCGUUCAAUUUUUGAAAUCGCUAUUGCACAACCGCUCCUUGACAUGCCUGAGUUAUUGUGGAAGGGCUACAUUGAGUUUGAGAUCUCUGAGGGGGAGCAUGAUCGCACACGAAAACUGUACGAGAGGCUUUUGGACCGGACCAAGCACUUGAAGGUUUGGGUAAGUUAUGCCAAGUUUGAGGCAGCAGUGCCCCUGGAGGAGGAGGCACGUGCGGAAGAAGAAGGCAGGGGACCUGAUAUUGCCAAGGCCGCUGGACAAGCUCAAGAGCGAGCUCAGAGAGCAAGAGGGGUGUUUGAAAGGGCGUACGAGAGCCUGCGAACAGUAUCACCUGAACAGAAAGAAGAAAGAGCCUUGUUGUUAGAGGAGUGGAAGGAAACAGAGCGUAAUUUCGGAGAAUUUGGAGAUCUUGCGGCUGUCCAAAGGAAAUUGCCAAGGAAAGUAAAACGGAAGCGUCCAAUAAUAUCAGAGGAUGGAACACCUGCUGGUUUCGAGGAGUAUACCGACUACAUCUUUCCUGAGGAGACUGGCAUGGCUCCAAACCUUAAAAUAUUGGAAGCUGCUUAUAAAUGGAAAAGGCAAAAAACAGGUUCCGAUGACGAAGCCUAGUGUCCGGUUCGUUUUGGGUUUACGGAGGGUAAGGCGUCUUAUUUUAUCGCCUCUUGAUGAUCCAACGAAUAUCUGUAUCAUUCUUUGUAACAUUUUUCUCUGAGGAUGCUGGUUUUGGCAGCUUAGAAUGUAAUCAGUAUGUAGUGCCUUAGGGCUAUUUUAGAUGACAAGCUCUGGACAAGGUUGGUAGUGCUUAGUUACUUCUUAAUCAAGGUUUUAUAGAGAGCCGUGAUGGGCUGACAAGAAUCUCUUGAAAUUUUUAGUUCCAAUUGGUGGGCUUUUAUUAGCAUUUCGAAGCAGCCAAAUGGCUUUCGAACAUGUAGAGAAGGUCUUCUCUUUCAUGACUGACACAUUCCAUCGUAGCAAUUGCCGCAACAUCGUCUUUAUCUUGUUAUAGCCAGUGUUGAUUCUGUGGUAUUGUGAUCAAUGGCUAAUGAGGCAUGUUAAUUAUUCAAAGCAAUUAUUUUUUGGGGCUCAACUCGAGCCAUGAUUCUAGGAUGAUUUUACUUA